UUGAACGCCCGUCGUCGGAAUGCGGACCGCUUCCUGUCCGAGGAGCCGCGGCCCGGUGUUGUACUACUGUUACUAUACAUACAUACACACACGGAUAUCACUGUUGAUGUACGAGACUCGCUGACGACGGACAAACGGACUGACUACUUGUUGUUACAGGAGCACGCUCUCCCUCCUCAGCGUUUAAUAGCAAAUGACUAUAUUAUGGAGGAGGUGAGGAACCACGCGGUCCGGUGGAACGCUCAGUUCUCGUUCGUGUGUAAGAUGUGCGCCAACGCCAACACCGGCGUGCUGGAGCCGGCGCGGCUCAGGGUGUCCGUGAGGAAGGAGUGCAAGGGCGGGCGCUCCUACCAGAAGCUGGGCUUCUGCGACGUGAACCUGGCGGAGCUGGCGGGCGCCGGGGAGACGGUGCGCCGCUGUCUGCUGGAGGGCUACGACCCCAACAGGAGGCAGGACAACUCCGUGCUCAGGAUACGGAUCAAGAUGAACAUGAUCUCCGGCGACCCGCUGUUUAAAGUACCUGAAAGGAAACAGGAAGCGGCCGAGAAGACCGGGGCGGACAGCGGGUCGGAGAGCACCGCGCCCGCCGACGACGACGCCGCCUCCUCCGGGACCAGCUCGGGCUUCGGCUCCCUCACCAAGAAGAAGAACUACGAAGGUGUGACGCCGGCACUGUCGUCCCUACCAUCCUGCGAGCUGCCCUCGCCGGAGGGAGAGGAGCUGCCGUGUGUCCCGGCCCUGCCCCCGCCCGCCCCCGCGCCCGCGCCCCUCCCCGUCCCGACCACCAUCAGCGACUACCCUGAGCGCGUCCGGUACAUGGGAGUUGUGACAGGGACCGGUGGUGACGGUGACGUUGAUGUUUCAGGUGUGGUGGUGACGACUCAGCCGGGCGCGGGGUCCGGGGGCGCGGCGGGCGCGGCGGGGGGCUGCGUCGCCUGUCUGCAGCACACACACUCGAGGAACUCCUCCAACACGUCGGGGGACAUGAGCAGCAAGGCCUCGGGCUACGGCAGCUCGGUGUCGGCCGCCUCCGCGCACUCCAGACAGAGCUCCGAGGGGGAGUCCGCCGGGGACAGACCGCACCACAACAGGUACGUUGAUGACGUGACGAAUAUAUACAUGGAGUAA